AUGGAAUUCACCUGGCUGGCCGACACGCCGCAGUCGCGGAGCCGGACUCGGGCUCCGAAAGCGUGUCCCGCCUGCCAGCGACGAAAGCGGUGCCGCCAUCUCACCGCGGACCCAGAGGUCAACCACUACACUAACCCACGCAAUUCUCGGGGCGUAGCCUCGACCCAGUCACCCAACAGUCACAUCUACAGCUACAACCAUGGUCACCUGGAUCACCCGCGAUCUUAUUCAAUCGGUCCCAGACUGCGGGCCAACCCAGCCCGGCCGACGCUGUCGAGCGCGGAGCGAUUCGUAGGCGAUCUCAACCCCGAAGCGGUAAUUCGCGAGCGACUCAAUGAGCCGAUGGGAAAUCCGCUGCGAGAUCGCAUCGGGCUCUGGAUCAGCUCGCCCAACAGCGCGGUUGCGGGGGCGCAGCGAGAGAAAGGCCAGGCCGCAUGCACCGAUGCAUUUUCUCCGUCUGAAGUUGGCACUGGCGCUCUCGCUUUCGAUGACCAGACGGUGGCAUCUGUGCUGGGCCAGCGGUAUACAUCGGCCAUGCAAGCGUGUAGUGCACUUCCCACGACGACAAGGGAGCCGCUGAUUUCUUCGUAUUUUUCGAAGAUCAAUCGGAUUAUACCUCUUGUGGACGGCCCCACGUAUCAAGCCCACCAAAACCAUGGACAAACUCAAAGACACGGACAAGGACCAGGCACAGCCUCCGUCUUCCUCGAACGAGCAAUCUGCCUCGUCGCCGCCAAAGACCGCGCCGCAAGGCCGCACCUCCGCCUCACAGAGACCGGCCCCGUCAUGACUCCCCGCCAAUUCUGCACCGAGAUCUACAAAGGCCUCGUCAGCGCAAUGGAUGCCGAACUCGAACCAGACCGGUACACGCGGAUUCGGGUGCUGGCACUGAUGUCGUUGCACUGCGAAGGCUACGAAGGCGCGGAGGCGGCAUCCCUGCACCUCUGUCAGGCGAUCCACCAAGCUCAAACGGUUGGUUUGCAUCUGGACCGGCCAGACCGCCGGUCUGGGGAUCCUUUAUUUCAACUUUUCUGGUGUUUAUGGACAUUGGAUAAGAUGCAUGCUUGUAUCGGUGGGCGCCCGGUGCUGUUGGCCGAUCGGGAUAUUGGGAUUGAGAAGCCUGGGCUGCAGAUGCAGGCAUCUCCGGGCUCGUUUAGGGUGUGGCUGGCUGUUUCGGAUCUGCUUGCUACCAUUAUCUCCUUCUAUCGUCCGUCGGCGGGGGUGACGAGCGGCUGGGAAGAAGGGUUCCCUGCGUUUGAGGAUAUUGUAGGUGAGACGGCCCAUGAGGACCUGGACUUUGCUACUCUCGGCUUCCUGGAGCUAUACUAUCAUUGUGCGGCUAUCCUAUCUUGCCGGUAUAAACUGACCGAAACCCUCGACAGCACCAAGGUCUCUUCGAUCCGACAAGGCCUGGCCGCUGUCCGGAUUCACUCGAUCGUGGGGACUGAGUGCGCGGGGAGUCUCCCGCCGCUGCCCAUUGUGCCGUACGCGAUAUCGCUGUCGAUGGGCGUGUCGUACCGGCAGUUGCGUUCUAGCAAGCUGAUCACCCACUUUGACCGGGCCAAGGCUAGCCUGGAGGCUAGCUGCGCUCUGCUCGAAGGCCUCGGUGCCGAAUGGUAUUCCGCCGAGGCGAUGGCUCGUCUGGGGCGAAAAGCAUUGCAGCAAAUUGAGCACGAACAUCCGCGACAGCCUGCGCCGGAAACUCUGCUCGCACGGCCUGCCGGCACCACCGGAGCCGCGCGCAGUCUGGGGCCCGCCGAUGCAGCAGUUCUCUCGGGGGCCGCUGGGGCCGCUGGGGCCAUGGCCAUUGAGGUCAAAGACCCAGCCUUGGGAUCGGUCGCAGCGGGCCCCGAGACGGCCAUGGGCAGCCCGCUGGCAUCCGAAAACGUGAACGACCUGGACAGCACGAUGCAUGGAUUUGCAGAUAUUGAUACGCUCUUCGGCGAGUUCCUAGAUCUAUCGCUGCCUACGAACUUCUGGGAUCCCCUCUUCGCUGAAGGGGAGCCUACCGACGGAGGCCAGUAG